UUCUUUUUUUCUUUUUCUUUUUUUCUUUUUUCUUUUCCGUAUGAGUAGUUCGUAUUCUCAACAACAAUAUCCUCCACCACCGCAACAAUAUGCCUUACCACCCGAGAACUACACCCUAAAUCCACCGCCACAAUAUUAUCCUUCUCAACCGGCUAACUAUAAUCCAACAACAGGUUAUGCAGAAUUAGGGGAAUACCCUGUUAACGAUAAGAUAAGACCUUCAAGUGGUUUUAAAGAUAUCUGGGCUGCUUUACUUUGGCUUUGUAAUAUGAUUGCCUUUAUUGCAAUAUCAGUGAUCGUAUUACGUUCUUUUCGACAAGAUAAUACGACCACCACAUUAAAUACAGAUACAGUAAAGAUAUUUGGCUAUUCUGCCAUCAUUGGAUUUGGGCUUAGCUUUUUAUAUUUAAUGAUAGCCAACAUAAUACCGGGACCAUUAAUCAUUAUUACUCUUGUUGCAAGUAUUCUUGUUUAUAUAGCAGCAACAGCCUAUUAUUUUUAUAUGCAUUAUUAUUCAGCCGCUAUUAUAUUUUUAAUUUUUACUGUCUUGUAUUUAUUUUGUUUUUGGUCAUGGAAAGAUAGAAUCCCGUUUGCUACAAUUAUGUUGAAAACAAUCGUGUCACUAACACGACGUUAUUGGAGCACAUUGGUUACAGGCAUUAUAUCUUUAGUAAUACAGACUUUAUAUUCAGUUUGGUUCAUGUUCACGAUCGUAGGUAGUUAUCAAGUCUACUAUUCAGAAACUGGAAGUAAUGCUCGCCUGAAUGCGAUUAUCGUUUUUCUCGUUUUUUCCUUUUAUUGGACAACACAAGUUAUCUCAUAUCUGACGCAUGUCACCCUCUCUGGUGUCUUUGCCACGGUUUAUUUCUUGAACCAUCAAAGGCAACACCCGAUCUGGGGAUCCGCAAAACGUGCCCUGACCACCUCCUUUGGGUCCAUCUGUUUUGGAAGUCUUCUUGUGGCUCUCAUUAAUACCCUUCGCUAUUUCAUUCAGAUGGCUCGAUCUGGUACUGACAAUGAUCUACUUGGCUUUUUAUUGUGUAUAGUAGAGUGUAUCAUCGGCUGUAUUCAGGGCCUCUUUGAAUGGUUCAAUCAGUAUGCAUUUAGUGGUAUAGCCAUCUAUGGACAAGGCUUUGUGCCCACCGCUAAACGAACUUGGUCACUUAUUCAAGAUCGUGGAGUUGAAGCCUUAAUCAAUGACAAUUUGAUUGGAAAUGUACUAUGGAUGGGCAUGCUAUUAGUCGGUAUCUUGGCAUCCCUCUUAGGAUAUAUCUAUUUAUUAGUAACGAAACCGGCGUAUAAUGUAACGGGUAACAUGACUCCCCUUGUUAUGUUGGUUUGUUUUGUGAUGGGUAUGUCCAUGUUUUCGGUCGUGUCGACAGUGAUUUCAAGCGGUGUAACAACCUUUUUUGUUUGUCUUGCUGAAGAUCCAGAAGCAUUAAGAAGAGUGAAUCCAGAGUUAUACGAUGCAAUUCGUCAAACAUGGCCACAGGUGGUUCAAGGUAUCUAAUAUUAUGUAAUACAUUUAUGCAAAAUGACAAUAAUAAAAGCUUUAAAAAAUAAAUAAAUCAAUCAAUGAUUUUAUUUUUUUUUUUAUCAUAUAAAUACAUAAAAAUAAA